AUGAUGAUUGCUCCAAAUAUCCAAAAAAAGAUCGUGAAUGCUUGUGCGAAAGAAAUAAUUAAAGCAAUAGUUGAAGAUUUAAAUGGAGAUUACUUUGGAAUUUUGGUUGAUGAAUAUACAGACGUCUCUCAUAAGGAACAAAUGGCUCUUGUUCUGCGGUAUGUCAACAAGGAGGAAAAACUUAUUGAGCGAUUCCUUAGGAUAUGCUAUGAGAGGAUCAAGCGAAAAAAACUAGAGGAGCUACAAGUGCUUGGUGAAGUUCAUACGAGAAGUGGACUAAAUCAAAAACUUGGACUCCAAAGGCCAGAUGAUACCCGAUGGGGUUCUCAUUUUAAGACAAUGUGUAACUUUAUUGCAUUAUUCUCGUCAAUCAUUAAUGUACUUGAGUUUCUUGCAAGUGAGGGUGCAAAUUAUCUUGAGAGAUCAAUGGCAAAAAGUCUAAAAAGAUCAGUAUAUUGUAAUGCUAUGAAACUUGUUGGUUUCGCCAAGAGGCAAUUGCAAGUGAUGAGAGAAUCAAAAUGGGAAUCUUUGAUAGAUGACGCCUCUUCAUUUUGUGCCAAGCAUGAUAUUGUGAUCUCUGAAAUGGAUAAGAACUAUCAUCUUGGAAAGUCAAAGCGUAGGAGUUCAAGUGUUACACAUCCUCAUCAUUUGCGUGUCGAAGUUUUUAAUACUGUUAUUGAUUUGCAACUUUCGGAGCUAAACAGUCAUUUUGAUGCGGUGAAUAGUAAUCAACUUCUUAGUAUGGCUAGUUUGAGUCCGGAUAAUUCUUUUACAAAUUCUGAUAAAGACAGAAUUAUGAAACUUGCUACACUUUAUCCUCAUGAGUUUAGUGGUUCAAAGCUUGAAGAGCUUGACAACUAUAUUCUCUUUGUGAAAGAAGAUAUUGAUUUCUCUAACUUGAAAGGACUUGGAGAUCUUUCAUAA